AGACAACAUCUGACCAUGUCACCCUUGACCUCUCGAGCAUUUAUCGUUGUGGAGACAGCUCACACCUUCUACGCGCUUCUCUCUCUCUCUCUCUCUCCGUCAGCUAAAUUUAGGAAAGACCCUCGAAAAGAAGAUUUGCUCGUAGGAGAAAAUCCGUUGAUAAGGGGUUGGGAUCGAAAUCGGUUCUUUGGGGAUCGCUUGCUCCGAAAAGGAAAGAAAGAUUGAUCUCCCGAGAAACCCAGAAGUCGAAAAUGGCGUUUAGUUCCUCCCCCAUGUUCAAUCUCAUCCUCCUCUGCAGCUUCUUGGGCUUGGCAGCUGCUUCUUCUUCGGUUUUCCUUUCCGAUGGUAUCUUUGAAUCUCAGGGAUCUACCGGGCGUGCCCUUCUUCAGGCUAAAAAGAGUUGCGCUGUUGACUUCGAGAACCAGAAUUACACAAUCAUCACGAGCCAGUGCAAAGGGCCUCAGUACCCAGCGCAACAUUGCUGCUCAUCUUUCAAGCAAUUCGCUUGCCCAUUUUCUGAACAGAUCAAUGACCUCACAACCGACUGUGCCUCAACCAUGUUCAGCUACAUCAACCUCUAUGGGAAAUACCCACCUGGUCUCUUCGCCAAUGAGUGCAAAGAAGGGAAGGACGGUCUUGAUUGCAGCUCAGUCCCUCCUGCUGCUACUGCAUCACAGAAGGAUUCAAUCAGUGAAAGCAGUGGUCAGAAAUUGAUGACUACAGCUACGUCAGUGAGUGCAGGAGCCUUCGUCGUGCUGCUGUUCCAAUUACUGCUCUAAAGUGCGACUGUGAAUUCUGAUUUCUUUUCUUUCUGCUGUUUGUGCCCUAACAUUAUCUUAUCAAAAAAAGAAAGCCCGUAUAUGCAUUGUACUUUGGAGCCAAUAUUCUCUGAAGCUGCUUAAAAUAUAGUUUAGCUAUCUUACUUUGCGUGCGAAACUAGCAUACUUUGUCAAAGGGAAAGAUGCAGAAUCCUCCUUGUAGGUACCCCAUGUUUGAUGCAGUGAAUUUCUUCGGCAGUUCUUGAGGUCUGAUUGUGGCUUGUUUGUAUGAGAGAACUUGUGUAUGGCGAGUGCUGUUUAGUGGAAUAGCUCGAAUCAUCUGUCAAUGAAGAGCUCUGUGUGCUUUUCAAGUUGUA